AUGGAGAAGAUAUCAGGAGAAAUUUCUGCAGAUAAAGUACAUCUUUUUCUGGCGAAGACAAAGCAUGCAUGGCUUUCGAGCUACUCGAAAGAGGCUAAAAUACUGAGGAAGGGUGACACAACUCCUCUCGUAAAAGAACUUUUGUACAAAGACAAGGAGUUAAAAGAGGACGAAUCAAUCAUCGAGCAUCUUCGAGGUCUAGAGCUUCCAAAGGCAUACCAAAUUCAUGUGCUAGUUUUGAUAUCGGACUGGCAAGAAAAUGCGAAGAAAAAACAGCAAAACAAGAGAGAAGGCUCCGAAGUUUCAUGCGAUGAUUUUCUAGAUGCGCUGGCAAAAAAAGUCGCAAGCAUGUACGAUUUUGACUGGCAGUAUGAUAGCCCAACUGUUGGGGUUGUCCUCUUUUCAUAUCAAGAUUAUUCAUGGAGAUUUCGAUUUAUGAAGGACGUAACGCAUUUGUUGAAACUCGAAUUACCAGAAUAUCUUAUCGAUGGUGAAUGGAAGGACCAAUACGUGUUGAGUAAGCGAACAAACAAUCAUCAUGUUCCAAAUAGCAGAAUUAUCAAGACGCGCCAGGGAAAAAAUUACAUGAUUCUCCCAGAUAAUCUUUAUAUAAUGAGCGAGUGA